CAGUUUUCUAUCUGAGCUUUGUUGAGGAAAAGAAAAGAAAAGCAACUAUUGGAUUAUCGGAAUAUACAUUUUGGGGAACCAAGUCUUUUGUCGGUUAUCUUUUCAAUCAACCAUCCAUUCAGCUAUCCAGCUAUCCAUCAGCAACACCACAUCCCAAAAUGUCACCAUCAUCAUCGCCGCGUCCCAGCAUGUCCACCACCACCACCACCAUAGCAGCAGACGCGCAAUCGACAAAAUCCUCGACCUCGACAAUGGCAUCCACAAAAACGCUCCUCAAGUCUCUUCUCCCAUCGUCAAAGCGAAACUCGGCUUCAUCAACUUCAAAACGCACAACCAAGGCGGAGGAAGAGGAGACUAGGACGGAGAAAAGGAAAAGUAAAAGUAAAAGUAAAAGGGCAGAGGAAUCACCCGAGGAAAAGGCAGAGCGCAAGGCAGUCAAGGCCGAGGCGUUGCAUGCGUGGGCGUUGCAUCGGUCGUGAGGAUGUGCCUGGGAAGAAGGAUAUGAAGAAGAAGGAGAUGCAUGAGCUACUGUGAAGAGUAUUUUUGUUUAAGAGGGGUGGAGAGGAAAUGUAGAGCCAUGUCAAGUAUGAAGUAGGCAGGGUAUCUAGAAAGGGGGUUAUGCAUGUUUGACAUGAAGAAAUAGAGCUAUAGCGUGGCAUAUAUCCGUGCAUAAUAGCG